UUUGAGCGACAGGACGUGGUUGGAGUUGUUCCGCGGAAGCAACAACAGCAAUUAAAACGAAUUUGUAGCCACGCUAUGUUGCACUGGCCUGUCGCAGGAAAGCCUUUAUUGAAUAUCUCACCAAAUGUAUUGCAAGUGAAUGUAGCAGACUAGAAGUAGGAUCGUGGGCCUGAAGAAAAUGAUGUCCUCCUGGCUAAUGUACAUAUUUGUGUAUGUAUUGGUCUGUGAUGGAGUUGUAGCACAACUGGAAAAUCGGGUGGUUUUCCUGUUCAACACCUUUCAGAAUGUGAAUGUGAAUGAGAACGAGACAGUGCAGGCAGUGGUCUCCAGAAUCCCCCCUGAAGUGUCCUUUAUCACCCUCCAGUUCCACACACAGCACAGCAAUGCUACGCUGUCCUACACCAGGAUGCCAGGGCUGGGCCUCUUUCUAACAGCGGUGGACUCAGGCCUUCUCUCACCCCUGAUCCCCGGUCAGACCAAGAUCUCCUGGUUCCUGCUGGCCCCUGAUGGGGACUCUGUGGCCGGCACUGGGGUCAUCCUCCCCUACACCAGCUCUGACCCAGUCCCUGGAGCUUGUAAUCUGGAGUUUGACCUGGACAUUGACCCAAAUGUCUAUCUCCACUACAACCUUUUUGAGACUACUAUCCACUUUGCACCUGCAAAUAUUGGAUAUUCAAGGGGCUCCAAUCCGCCUGCCUGUGACACUGAAGUGGGUGAAAACACUCGCUGGCGCCUGAGGUACGACAUCUACCAGUACUUCCUGCCUGAGAGCGACCUAUCAGAGCAGAGCCUCAUCACCAGCAUCCAGAGUGUGGCCAGUGUGCAGACCAUGAGAGAGCAUGGGAAAAGGCUCAUGACACUAUCAUCCAAUGAUAAGACAGAGGUAGUGUUUAGCUCCAUCCCGGGCCAGGGUGUUAUCUACUCUGUCAUAGUCAGAGACCCAGUGCUUAACACCUCUUCCUUGUAUAUCCCUGUCCACACCUAUGCCUGCAGCUUCUCCUCCACCCUGGAUGGCUGUGACACUCUGGGGAAGAUAUCCACAAGGAUCUUCUUCACCAUCGCUGGUUUAGCUGGCCUCUUCGUGUGCUUCUUUGGGCACUGCUUCUUCAAAUGUGUCCGCCUGACCCUGACAGUAGUGAUUGGCGUAGUGGGGGGAGUUAUCCUGGUGAUGAGCUGGUGGCGCUUCGGCUCAGUUAUGUCCUGUGUCGUCGUCGUCGGUCUCAUGCUGGGGUUCCUCAUCGCCUCCAUUGUCUUCUUCACGCCUGUCGGUGACAUACAGGUGUUCCGUUCGAAUGUGGUGUUCUGGGUGACGUUCAGCUGCAUCGUGGUGGUGGUACCGCUCUUCUUUGUCCGCUGGCCAAGAGAGGGUAACAUCACUACGUGUGGUGUAGCUGGAGCCUAUGCUGUGGUGCUGACUGUGAAUGCUUACAUCUAUACCAGCCUAUCCUACAUCACUCUUAACAUUCUCAAACGCUUCCUCAACGACAACUUUAGCAAGGCCUUUACUGAUGUGCCUUUCCAGGACAUUGAUUUCAUCAUGAUCACAGUGUGGGUGGUUCUGGGUGUGUCUGGUAUCGUGCUACAGCUCUACCGGGAACGCACACGGCCCUUCUUCCCCCCCAGCCCUUACCUCAUGUGGCUGCAAGAGCGGGAGCGCCGCAAGACCAAUGUUCUCGACCCAAGCCACCACACCUCCUCACUCCCUUCCCGUCUCCUCGCCCGUGCCCGACAGCUGACUGGCAGGAGAGAGUCCGCUGGCGAGCGUACACCCCUCCUCCUUUAAACCCACCCACUCAACUUAGACCCAUUUUACCCAGCCAGGUAGACAGAUUCACCCCACUAGGAGGGUGCUAUGGGGCAUGGGCUCUCUAUCUACAGGGAAGCAUCAUUGCGUUUGGAGUCUUUCUAUUCCAGGUUAUGGAUGUUUUGAUUCCAUUGAUGAUGGUAACAGUUCAUUAAGGUAUUAUUUAUAUAUGCUCUGGGAGGAACUUUGCCACAAAGUGCACACAGAAUUUUCAAAGCAUUAUUUUUGAGCAUGAUUUGUUUCACUUCCUCAGUCUUGUGGUAUUUGGAAGCAUUUUCUUAGAGGGUACUGAGGAAGCUGUUACCGCUGCCACUUAAUAUUGUACCAAAAUAGUUGGGCACCAUCUCUCCUAGUACAUCACAGUUCCUUUAAACAACUAGGGUUACAGCAUACCGGUAUGGGCAACAUAUGUGUUUUAAUAGCACUGAAUAGCACAAGAAAACAUUUGGAACAGUAAGAUGGAGACGCAUCAUGCAGCCAGUCAUUUUGAGGUGGCUUUGACAGCAACUUUUGGUAGGUAGGUAUUCAUUUUAGUGUAAAAGUAAGUAUACUUUGUUUAUCUUAAUACCACUCAAUGAAAUUGGAGGGCAUAUGUCCCCCCAGUUUUAAUGGGUAUGACACCACUGUCAGGGAGUUCUGGGUAUGCCCAUUUAGGCUCCAAUGGCUGUAAAUUGUUUUUAAUGUUUUGUAAACAUUUUCAUAUGCAAACUGUCACUUUUACACCAUGUUUUGUAAAACUGUAUUUAGAGGCCACUUUUUUUUUCUUUGCUUUUUACAAAUAUAAACAAUUACAUUUUUAAGAAAUAUGAGAGCUGUUAUAUUGAAAUAUGCAUGUGUUUAGGGGACCCUUUUUGUGAAACGUAGUUGUUGAAUCAAACACUAUUAGUGGUAUGGGUGGGAACUUGCAGCCUAAAAUGUAUCCUCUUGAUUUCAUGGACAUGUUUGAUAGCACUCUCAAAUCAUAAACCACAAGUGGUAGGUGUAGGUGGAUCCUGAGCACUGAUGUUUAUAGGAAAUGGUGAUAUAGCCAAGCCCUUCAGUAUUUCCUGAAGUGUUAAGCAGUAGCAGGAAGAGCAAACGACAAGUGCCACAGCCUCUAUUGCUCUGUCAGGUGGCCUAACGCUUCAUUAAAGUGGGCUUGCUGCUUAUGUUCUCUAUUGCCAGCUUUUGUUUGGUAAAGCAUUUGUGUUUCCCCUAUGCCUUUUUUUUAGCAGUGGUGCAAGGGUAGCUGGGUGGGUGCAUUGCUAGUAUUGUAAGCACAAUGUCCUGCCAGCUGUUCCCAUAGACCUCCAAUCAUUUGAGCCAAUGACUAUUCCUUUAAAAGCACGCCUCGGCAAUUUAUUGCAGCGGUGGGCCACCGCUAAAUGAACCUAGGGGAAACACUGAUUUUAAGGGAGUCCAAUAUGUGUCUUCUGAGACUUUUCUUUAGGUUCUUUGUCUCUCAUUACCCACUCAGUAUGAAAAGCUGGCUUGAGGCAUUAAUGAUGUGUACAGGAGUUUGCCUGCAGUCACAUGACAUGGUUUAUUAAUGCAUUCCAUGACCAAUGUCAGUUUUUCCUCCAGAUGUAAUAUUGAAGCUUGAUUAAGUGGAUAAUUUAAGAGAUUAUUUUUCCUCUUGUGCAAAACAAGGUAUCCUCAGAUGCAGUGUAAUAUCCCACCAGUGAUUUUGUAAAUCCUCGCCAUUUGCACACGACAGGAUGUUGAAUUAAAAUUUGAUAGGAAAUGAAUUGAUCUUUUAUGAUUAUCACCUGACAGGAUUCAGAUUAGGAAUAGUGUCAAGGAUGAAAGAUGGCCAUUUCUACUUGCAUUUCAAGUUCUACUUUUCUCAGUUUCCAAACCAAAACACACAGGGGUGUGAGGCCGACAUUGUAAAGUUAUAGCCAUACUGUUGAAAUGCCUCACUAGGAAAUGCUUCUAUGCACUAAGAUUACUGAUGAAGCUUUCUUAAAGGUUAAGGUUGCCUUUCAGUAUUUUUCACUGCAGCUGUUAGGUACUUACCGUGUCAUGUUUUAAAAUGGGCUGUUUGUCUGUGUUUCUGUUUUGUUGUGUGAGAAAUUAUUUGAUAAAUUGUUUUUCCUAA